UGUCUCUGUUCAUUAAUUCAAUCUUCUAGACGACAUUAGAAAAAUGAAUUCAUGCAGUCGAAAUUAUUAUCCGUCUUCGUUGUUUAAGGUCGGAUAUUGCUUAAAAUAACCGUACACGGAUCAAUCCGAUCGGAUUACUGUUUUUAUACUGACCUGUUGGAAUAUAAAAUGAUGAAAAUGGAAAGGAAAAUGUUUUUUAUGACAUUGUGUACUGUACUCUUCUUUACAAACUGUGUUUCAGGGGACUAUCCCAAGGCACAGAAUGUUUCCUGGUUGUCGAUCAACUUCAAAACACUGCUUAUGUGGGAUCCUGAACCUUCCAACUUUUCAUACACCGUUGAAUAUUCUGUAAUUGGUCAGAACAGAGAGAAGAACCAACACUGUAUCAGGACUAUGGCGACAGAGUGUGACCUGUCCAACUCUCUCGGGGACCUGAAGGCCAUAUACUCCGCUGAUGUCCUCUCAAAACCCCCUACUUGGUGUGAACUCUGACCUCAUAGAGUUCCCCACACAAGGUCGGAGAGGUUCACCCCUUACAAUGACACGCUUAUAGGCAGACCUGAGUUCAAGAUUGAGGUGAGCAAAGACAAGAAGAAGAUCACCCUGUAUGUAGAAGACCCUCCCACAGCCCUGUUCAAUGAGCAGAACCAACAGAGAACCAUCCGGGAUGUCUUUGCUGAUGAGCUGCAGUACAAAGUCACCUUCGGGAAAGCAACAAGCAGGGGCAAGAAAACAAAGAUCUCUGCAAGCAGUGAGAUAGAGCUAGAAGAGGGGGAUGUAGAUCCUGGGGUGAGUUACUGCUUCAACGUGCAGGCCUACAUCCCCUCCCGCAGCACAGACAAACAGCUGGGAGAGCUCAGUCAAAGACAGUGCUCACCGGGCGACGGAAAGUAUUUAUUUGAAGAGUAUCGGAUCGGAGUGAUCACUGGGUUCAUCCCAGUCUUUUGGGGGCCCUAAGCGAGAUUCGGUUGUGGGAAGCCUCCCACCUCGCGGCAAAACAUUUUAGUGGAGACGGUAGAGAGAAGUUUUAAGUUAAUUUCCUACAAUUCUACACAUUUUGCCAUAUAGAAAAUAUAUUCAUGCUUUAAAGGUCUCAGUAGAUAGUUUAUAUGUUUAAACUAAAUUGUUUUGCAUGAGCAUUGUCUGGAGAUCUUUAAUAUAUAUUAAUACCAAACAGUUAGAUGACAGAACAUGAUGUAAAAUAAUCAAACCAAAACUGUGGAAUCUGGUCAUAUUAUGGUACUCUGUUUGAUUUUAAUGGCAUUUUCAUAAUAAAGUCUUAUCAUUAA